CAACAAAACGACAUACGUGUGUUACUUUUUUUAUAACGUGGACACCGACAGGCCGUUGCAAUAACUUAUGUAAGGGGAAUCAUUACAUAAACUAAGCAAUUCAUUCAAAAUAAUUCAUUUGGAUGUCUAUUAAAAUCCCCUAACAAAUAAAUAGGUUCGUUAUUAUAGUCAUAACCAAUAAUACUUACGGUUACCAAACCGUCGGUAAAGGCGGGUAGAUUAGAAACACUCUCCACUACGCGGUGUAAUAACUCAAACAGACUACACUUGCGGAUAAGAACAGUUUAUAAUAGUAAAUAGUGUAACAAUAGGAAACCCAUUGGUAUUCCACAGCAGCCCUAUUCCUGAGGUGAUUUACAAUGUCUAACUCAGAGAUUAUUGGGCGAUAACAUUGCUUCAUUAUUUGAAGGCCAACUACAUACAUUUUUUAUAUCAACAUUAGUUUUUUACUAGUGCGACUAGUAUGGGUCGAAGCAGCAGACAAAAACCUUGCAGACCAGAGGCAUCAUGUAAAUUGUUCCGUUAGAGGUUUUGUUAAAUUUUAUUACUGUGAUAAGUGAAAACAUGAAUUUCUACUGGUCUUUAUUUUUGGUGGCUUUUGUUACGCCGUUUUGCGAAUCAGCCAAUAUACUAUAUGUGAUACCGUUUACAUCUAAAUCACAUUAUAUUAUGCUGAGACCCAUUGGCCUGGAAUUGGCACGAAGAGGUCACAAUGUAACUGUUAUUACUGCUAAUAAGGAGGAUAAUCCUCCACCCAAUUACCACGAAGUGAUGGUUGACGAUAAAAAAAUAUGGGAAGUUAUCGGUGGCGGAAGACCAAAUGUAUUUACAAUGGCCCAACUAUCGGCUGAAAGGUUUCACGAAAAGAUAUUGUGGAAUGGAGGCGUAGCAUUCACUGAAGUAACCCUCAACUCGACGAAAGUGAAAAGUUUUCUUAAACAAGAUAUAAAAUUUGAUUUAGUUAUAUGCGAACAAUUCUUUCAAGAAGCUUUAUAUGCCCUUGCGCAUAAGUAUAACGCACCACUCGCAUUGGUGACUACUUUUGGGAACUGUAUGAGACACAACAUUCUCGUUCGAAAUCCUUUACAAUUAGCUACUACAAUAUCAGAAUUUCUGGACAUUGAAGAACCGGGGAGUUUCUGGGGACGUCUUAGAAAUCUGUAUUUCACUGUAUAUGAGUUUCUAUGGUGGAAGCUUUGGUAUAUGGAAAAGCAAGAAGAUCUUGUAAAGAAAUAUAUGUUUGAUUUACCACAACCAGUCCCAUCAUUGUCUGAAAUUCAAAAGAACAGUUCCCUCAUUCUAUUAAAUAGCCAUUUCAGUUAUGAUGUUCCUAUGGCAUUAUUGCCUAAUGUGGUUGAAGUGGGGGGCUUACAUUUGACAAAAACUGAAAAAAGUCUUCCUAAAGACUUACAGAAGCUUUUAGACGAGGCCCGUCAUGGGGUUGUAUACGUUAAUUUCGGGUCUAAUGUACAAAGCAAUGAACUACCAGUCGCAAAACGAGAUGCGUUCUUGAACGUCUUUAGAAAAUUAAAACAAACUGUUCUAUGGAAAUGGGAAGAUGACAGUUUGAAAGAUGCACCCAGUAAUUUGGCAGUGAGACCGUGGCUACCUCAAAAAGAGAUCUUAGCGCAUCCAAACAUAAAAUUAUUCAUAUCACAUGGCGGUCUAAUUGGAACACAGGAAGCUAUCUACAAUGGUAUACCAAUACUAGGCAUACCAAUAUAUGCGGACCAAUUCAACAAUUUACUCAUAGCUGAAGAAAGAGGAUUCGGAAAAAUACUGCAAUUCCAAGACAUCAACGAAAACAGACUCGGACAGCUAAUUAACGAUGUUCUUCAUAAUAAAACCUACGCAGACAAUGCUAAAGUAGUAUCUAAAAGAUUUAAAGACAGGCCGCUUAAUGCUUUAGAUACGGCCAUGUAUUGGCUAGAGUUUGUUAUACGACACAAAGGUGCUGAAUUCACAAAAAAUCCAGCAAGAGAUAUGACCUGGAUGGCAUAUAAAAUGUUGGAUGUCUACGCUUUUAUAUUUAUGGUUUUAGUGGGUACAGUUUCCAUAAUACUCUACGCUGUUUUGCAAAUCGCUCAUAUGUUACGGGUUAAUGAUUUUUCGAAACAAAAGAAGAUAGAUUAGUAAUUAUAGCUUUAGCGAAAUCUGCGUUCAAUGAGACUUUGCUUUAUCCUACCUCAUAUGAGUAAGAUUCUAAACGCUUAGUAUGAACACUGUUUUGACAUACGUCAUAAAUCGUUCAGUGGUCUUUGUAUAACGGCUAUAUGGUUAUGACAUUUCGUUACACAAAUACUAGUAAAAGCUUGAAGUUAUUUUGUUACUAAUAAGCAAAACCCUAUUUGUCAUUGAAUUAAUAAUGGCGAAAUCUCUGGGGAUUUAGAUUUGAUUCUCAAAAAACAAACAAAAUUGUUGUGAUGGGCUGAUAAAGUGUCAACCAAACACUUAAGAGUAACAUCAGUUAAUGUUACUCCAAAUAAUUAAAAUUUUAAUAAAAUAUAUUUGAGUUAAUGUCGUUUUAAUGUCUACCGACACACAAUUUUUAUAUAACAUUUUUAAAUUAUAAUAGAGUUAAAUAAAUAAUUGAUUGUUAUUGUCGUAACUCAAUAAAAAAAAUAUGGCAGUUGGAAGAGGACAGAUGUGAAGUUGGAAGUGUGCAGUAGUAGUUUUGGCGGUCUUAUCAACAUUGUUAAAUAUUAAUGUGAUAAAUAUUAUUAGAGUCGAUGUCCUUAGUGAAGCCUGUUUAAAAGUAUUAUAGUUGAAUCGAAUUGUUAUAUUUUUAAUUGCCGAAAGUUGUUGUUUUUCGUCGCACCCCCUGGGAUAUCUAUUCCUUUAAAGGUGGGUCGUGAAAUAAAGACUCAUUUGAAAUUUAAAUAAAAUACA